UUCAACAACCUCUUGGUUCAUAACUGGCAUUACAAUUGAUCCUAAAUAUGGUUUGGGUAUCGUCAAGAAACCGAUCACAUUCUCGACCGUUAAAAUCUUCUUCAUUUUGGACCACUUGCCACACUCGAUCAAACGGGGCGAGACGGUAUCGUUGCAUUUUACUCUUUUCAGCUCAAUGCAAGAAGUGUUUGAGGCCACCGUGACGAUGUUUAAUACAAAGAAUGAACUUCAGUUUAUCGAUCGUCCUUCAGAAGAUACGAAUGAAACGAAAAGUGUAUCUGUUCCACCGAAUUAUGAUGUACCAGUUUCGUUUCUAGUAACAGCAAUGAAGCUAGGGGAGUUGGAAAUCCGAGUAAAUGCAUCGAUCAUGCAAGGAGUAAUAUCCGAUAGCUUCAAGAAAAUCAUUAUUGUUCUUCCGGAAGAUGUAAUCGUUCGGAGAUCAGAACGAAUACAUUUCAAUGGAGAUACUCCUUCCAAUCAAUCGUUCGAUAUUCCGCUUUUAAUGGACAAUACGGCAAGGCAUGACUCCAUACCAGUUGAUUUAACUGUUUAUCCGGAUGAGCAUUCUUUAAAUAAUCCUCAAAACAACUGUAAUCUGUUACUAUAUUACGACGGGUUUAUAAAAAGGAUGCAUGUCAAUUCAGAAUUUAAAGAAAACAUCACGACUUAUUUCAUCCCGGCUAAUGUAAGAAAAUUAUCAGUGAUCAUCACCAGUUCCGGUUUCGCCCCGAUUCGAAUUACAAAUGACCAAGCUAGCGACUUCCACUGA